CUCACCGCUAUCCAGCAGUGGGCCAGUCGGCGAUGUUACUCCUCGCUGGGCUGUUGCUUUCCGCGCCGGCCGCUCUGGCCUGCGGCGGCAGCUUCUUCGGCUGCUUCAAGAGCGACCUCCUCCAGGCCUUCUCCAAGAUCGCUGCCUCCGACAGCUACGUCCUUGUCCCGGGCCUCUCCUUCGACAGGAAGAAGGAUGUCCCGAGGAGUCUCCAGGCCUUCCCAGUCGGUGCGGGCGAUGUCAGUGUCGUCGACGUCUACCGCAACGCCGAGCGGCUCUUCAAGAGUCAUUCCCUUUUCUGGAACGUCCUCCCAGGUGUGGACAUCAGUGUGUCCGAAGGGAAGGAUGGCAACUUCGUCUUGGGAGUAGAAAGGUGCCACCACGAAUCAGGUCCUCCGAGUCGAGAUUGCCUUCCUGAACCAUGGGCUGCCCCCAUUGUCGGGGGCAUAUCUACGCCACUCUAUUAUCUUCCUUUCUUUGAAAUAAUGGAGAAAGCUGGACCGGCUUCACCCCCGUGUCUUGCUCCUUUGUGUCCAACGAAACUGUUCAGCGACAUCCCAGUUCCGGCUACCGCGCCAGUCCGGAUUCGUUUAGAGUGGAAGGAAAUCGCGGAAUUCACUUUUACUGGAAACGGAAUAUCGACACACGUUUUCUAG